GCUCACUCGCUACUGCUGCACCUUUUCGACUUCACUUCAUCUUUCGUCUCUCUUUCCCGCUCUCUGCUCUGCUCGCGUCGCAUACAGCGCACGCCUCUUAUGCAGUAGCUAUCUGCACGACAAGACGCGCAGUGGACAGCCGCCUUCCUCAUCCACAAAAGAAAAGAAACAAGACACACCUUCCUCCAAUCCAGCCUGCCAGCUUCCACAACAAUACAGCGCUCUCAGAAUGUCUAGCGAACCCAAACGCCGCAUCUCCGCCCUCAGCGGCAGCGGAGGCGCAGCAGGACGAAACAACUCCCUCUCAGCCCAAAAUGCAGACGCAGAUCUCGCGCGCAUGGGCUACAAGUCCGAAUUGCCGCGAUCACUGAGCAUGCUGUCCAUUCUCGGUUUAUCCUUCGCCAUCAUGGCCGUACCAUUCGGUCUGUCCACGACGUUAUACAUUACGUUGACAGAUGGGCAGUCUGUGACGAUUAUUUGGGGCUGGGUACUAGUCAGUUUGAUCUCACUGUCGAUCGCGGCGAGUUUGGCGGAGAUUUGUGCUGUGUAUCCGACCGCUGGUGGGGUGUAUUAUUGGAGUGCCAUGAUGUCCACAAAGAAAUACGCCCCCAUCGCCUCCUGGAUAACAGGCUGGCUCAACCUCGUCGGAAACUGGACCGUAACCCUCUCCAUCAACUUCUCCGGCGCCCAACUAAUCCUCAGCGCCAUAAGCCUCUACCACGAAGACUUUGUCGCAAACGCCUGGCAAACCAUCCUCAUGUUCUGGGCCUGGAUGCUCAUCUGUUUCCUCGUCAACGCCUUCGGAUCGAAAUACUUGGACCUCAUCAAUAAGAUUUGCAUUUACUGGACUGCGGCGAGUGUCGUGGUGAUUAUGAUUGUUUUGUUGACUACGACGGAUAAUUAUCGUUCGGGAGAAUUUGUUUUUACGCAUUAUGAUGCUAGUGCGAGUGGCUGGCCGGAUGGGUGGGCGUUUUUUGUCGGGUUGUUGCAGGCGGCUUAUACUUUGACGGGGUAUGGUUUGGUGGCGAGUAUGUGUGAGGAGGUGCAGAAUCCGGCGAGAGAGGUGCCGAAGGCUAUGGUUUUGUCGGUUGCGGCGGCUGGUGUGACGGGUGUCAUUUAUUUGAUUCCGAUUUUGUUCGUUUUGCCGGAUGUGCAGAUGUUGUUGGAUGUGGCGAGUGGACAGCCGAUUGGGACGCUUUUCAAGACUGUGACGGGUUCGACAGGAGGAGGGUUUGGCCUAUUGUUCUUGAUUCUAGGCAUCCUUUUCUUCGCUGGAGUUGGUGCUCUAACAGCUGCGAGUCGUUGCACUUACGCUUUCGCUCGCGAUGGAGCGAUUCCAGGAUAUCGAUGGCUGGGAAGCAUCAACUCCAAAUUGGAGAUCCCACUCUGGGGACUGGUCUUGUCCACAGUGGUCGACUGUCUUCUCGGUCUGAUUUACUUUGGUUCGACGGCGGCUUUCAACAGCUUCACUGGAGUGGCAACGAUCUGCCUUUCCUGCGGCUACGGUCUGCCCAUCCUGGUCAGCGUCCUUCGUGGCCGCAAAAUGGUCAAGCACUCGACCUUCUCGCUUGGAAAAUUCGGAUUCGCGAUCAAUAUCCUCUGCCUUUGCUGGAUUGGGCUGGCUAUCGUGCUGUUCUGCAUGCCAGUCAGCUUACCCGUCACCGCCUCAUCCAUGAACUACGCAUCAGUCGUCUUCGUCGCCUUCGCCACGAUCAGUUUAGUAUGGUACCUCAUCCACGGCAGAAAGCACUUCACAGGACCGCCAGUUGUAGCAGACGACGAGCCCACAUUAGAAGGUAAACCGCAUCCAGCAGACGGCGAUGGAGAGCUUGGAGUUGAAGUUGAGAAACAGACAUCAUAUAAACUCUAAGCACAGUAGAGAAGUACAUAUGGUACAGAACAGAAC